AUGGACAAUGAAAGGUCGUCACGUCGCGCGUACUGGGCCAAGAUAGCGAUCCUCGCAUUAUUAGCGGGAGCCUUAGUAGGCGGUGUAGCCUAUCUCAUUGUACAUUUCACUAAAAGUGACUCUCCAAUGGACUCGGAUACUGUCAGCGCAUUUGACAACAGCGACCCUGGCUCUGAAGUCGUACCCAUGCCACUUGCUGAACAACCUGAAGGUCACGAACGGCUUCGAGACAAAUCAGACCAUCCCAUACAAGAUGCAGAUAUGCUUCCAGUCAUAGAGAAGGCUGACGGUCCGGUACCUGGAAGGGAUCAAGCGCCCGGGAAAAAUGGUCCUCAACAGCCUGCUAGAGCCGGCUUCCCGCGAGAAAGAAGAGCUUCUAACCCGCAACCGGACGUACCUAAUGUUCCAGAUCAAGAUCCAUAUGAUCACCAUAUGGGCAUAGUAGAAACGAGGAUCCCUAUUAUUAGCGAACACGUGAGAGGCCAAACUAGUGUCACCACCCUGGAAGACGUCACCAAGGAUCUGCGUCUGACAAAUUUGCACAAAGGAAAACGUUGUAUCAAAUUCAAUCCCGAACAAAGACCCGAUAACUCCAAGGUAAGAACGAUCGCCAAUGGAAAUAUCUAUUCGGCCUUCGAACCCAAAGCGCCGGAUGCAUUGUUCUGCACCGUGGUUACUAAUAACGGGCAAACUGUGGUGAUGGUGAAUUCUGAUGUUGUGAAGACCUACGUUGUGCUUGAGAAAACUCGCUAUGGAAACAUAAUCUCGCUUUUCACACUUGACUCCAAGAGCAUACCGUCGGUGACCCAACUGGUGAAACCUAAAGGUGCGUCAAGCUACUGCCUGAACGAUAACUACUGGGGUCUCAUGAGGAGCAUCUACGAACUAAAUGGAUAG